AUGGCGGAAGUUGGAGACAUAAUUGAAAAUGUAACGACCGUAUUAACAUCUCGUUCACACGAUAAUAAUAAUAAUAAUAUCGGACACGUUUUCAAUAGGAGUCCACCCUAUAGACAUUUAAGCGUUACUGGACAAGUUAUUGUGACAACGUCAUACGCCAUUGGUGUUAUUGGAAAUUUAACGGCUCUUUACAUAAUACACAAAGAAAAAAAAUUAAAAUAUAAAAAUAAAAAACAUUCACUCAUGUUAAAGUGUUUGAUAGGUAACGAUCUAGUCGCAUUAUUGGGAAUGCUCGUACAAAUGUACGUACAAUUAUAUUUUCCAAUUGAAAUCUCAGGAAGUCAUUUAAGUUGCGUUUUCCGGGUUAUUUGGCGAUGGUUCGGACUAAGUUCCGGUUGCGUUGCCAUAGUUAUGGCAAUAGAACGUUGGCUGGCAUUAACUCAUCCAUUUUUUUAUCAAAAGAAUGUCACUUACAAUGGAAUUCUUAAAUCAAUAUUAAUCCUUUGGUCAAGUGCUUUCAUGUUGGUAUCGAUGCCAUUUUUAGGAUUUGGUCUUUAUUUCGAUAGAAAAUCUAAAUGUUGCAUAAGAUACAGAUUGGCAACAAAUCCGAUCGAUGUUGCUUACGCUUAUGUUUUUUUCGCAUACGGGUUGCUUUUAUGCUUUGGUAUUUCAUGCGCUAAUCUAUCAGUAACAAGAUAUUUAUGUAAUUCAUCGAGGAGUCACAAAGAAGUAUCAGGUCACAGGUUUAGCAGAACAUUAAAACGUCAGCAAUCAUCAUCAUUAAGAGUUCAAAGCGUGAGUUCAUCGACACCUGGAGAAAUUGCUUUUGCAAGAUUAAUGGUUGCUUUAAGUUUUUCAUUUCUUAUCUGUUGGAUGCCUCAACUGCUGAGCAUUCCUUUGGCGCAAUUUGCACCGAAUAAUUUAAAAAGUAUUAUUUUCUUCAGGGCUGCCGAUAUUCUCAUGGCCAUACAUUUCAUGCUCGAUCCAUACAUAUACGUAUUACUUCAUCAUCAUUUUCCAUGCCUCAAAAUAACAUUCGAAGUCAUACCUAGACAUUGUUGUUGUUGUUCGAAUCUCAUUCGUGAUAAAACAUACGAAGAACAUUCUGAUAGAUUUAUUACAUCCUCUCGUUAA